AUGGCGUGGCCGAUCGACUCUACUGUGAAGCUCGUGCUCGGUAUUCUAGGCAAUGUGACGGCUCUCGCUCUCUUCCUUUCCCCUGUCAAGACCAUGCGCACGAUCCUUCUCGCGCGAUCAGUCGGAGACUUUUCGGAGCUGCCCUACGUGGUGACGCUGUUUAACUGCCUGCUGUGGACGACGUACGGGCUGCCCGUGGUGGAAUCGGGGCGAGUGCUGGUGUCCACCGUCAACGGCACCGGCGCCUUCCUUGCUGCACUCUACAUCGUCCCCUUCCUCGCUCUCGCCACCAGGCGCACCAAGAUCCGCACGGCGGUCUUACUGGGCGUGGUGCUGCUGCUCUUCGGCUCCAUUCUCCUCACCACCUUCCUCGCCUUCCACACGCCAGCCACGCGCACCAGCUUCCUGGGGAUCUGCGCCGUGGUGGUGACGAUAGGCAUGUAUGCCAGCCCACUCGAUAUCAUGCGCACCGUCGUGCGCACCAAGAGUGUGGAGUUCAUGCCGCUGCUGCUCUCGCUCUGUUGCUUCCUCAAUGGCAUCGCCUGGACAGCAUAUGGAACAUACACCAUGGACAUUUAUAUCAUUGUAAGCCGCUUGAUCCCGUGGAACAGAUUCUCUCGCAAAUCAUCCACUUAUCCCAGAAUAGGAGUAGUUACUGUUUUCACGCUUCCUUCAUCACUCCACCCACCUCUUUCAUGA